AUGCCUAUAAAAGAAACGAAAAAAGUUCAAAAAACAACUAUAUCUGAAAAAUCAAGUACAUUUGGAGAAUAUGAGGAUGAAUUUGAACCUCCUUGUUCUAUAAGUCUUUCUGUGCUAUUAGAAGGCGAAACUUUUGGCCCAGGGGAUUGGACGUUUUUAAUUAUUUUUAACGGUCAAAUUUUAAAUGAAACGAAAUGGCAUGACAAAUUAAAACUUUAUUUAGAAACAUUACCAUUAGAUUUAAAACUAUCGUUCCAUCAGUCUUUGAUUGCAGAUCAGCCUUUAAUAUUUCUUAUUCGCACCGUAGGAGGAAAAGGAGCCAAGGAUCCAGAUCCUUUACUUAAUAUAGAUAACCGGGCUGGAGCCUCUGUCGAUUUACUACCUUUGCUUUUGGGUGAAGAAAAAGUUUUAGUUAAAGUACCUUUGAUAAAUAUAAUAUCAGGACUGAACACAGACUGUGUUAUAAACGUAUUUGCUAAAAUAUCAGGAGAAGUGAAAAAUACAAAAACUCCUCUAAUUAUUUCAAUGAUAUCAGCUCACUGUCUUCCAUCCGCUAGAGAAGGGACGGUUUAUUUGAGUGCAAUAGCUUUAAAUGGCAUUGAUGAUCAUAUAUCUGCUAGUUUCGGCAUGUCACUUAGCAAUCAUAAUGCAUCGAAAAUUGUUUGGGCUUCUGCAAGCAAUGGUGGCUUGGUAGCUAAUACAGCUUUUAAUAUUCCGUCUGAUGAUAUAUACAUACCAGAAGACAUGAAGCCAAAUAAUACCGAUGCUUGUAACUGUGUUUAUUGGAAUUCCAUGAAACGUUUUCUUAUUGAUCUCCAAAAGUUGCGUGAACGAUUACACACUCCAUUUUUAUUUGAAAUAGCUGGUGUACCUAAAGUUGGAAAAAUUGAUGUGAGAGGGCGGUAUAUGGCAUUUGUAGACUUAGGAGUGUUGUUAGAACCCGGACAGAUUGGAGUUACUGUUUGUGCAAGGUUAUUGUAUUAUAACGAGGCAAGUUUACCUGACGGUGUAGGUGGUUUAUUAGAAUUGCCACCAACUAGUGCUAAGAUAAGUGCACGUGACACAGAUUUAAUUACAGAUGAGUAUGGACAUGAGUCAUACGUUUUAAUUAGAUUUGAUUUAUUUGAUCCAGUUAAUGCCAAGGCAAAAAUAACAACAUUAUUUGAAGUUAUAGGUUUUCCACCACCUAAAGGUUCUCCCAUACCUGUUAGUGAAUUUCGCUCAGAGGUUAUUCCUGAAGAUUCUGUGAUUGAUGCACGUCUGAUAAGAAAGGAAGGUGGGGCAUUAAAUGUGCAUAAAGAAUUAAACACUUUAACUUGUAAAGGUACAGUACAAAUGAAUCAAACUAUAAAGAGAACAGCGGCUAAUCGACUUUUAAUUCGAGUAAGAUCUGUGCUUAAGCAGUUUUCACCUGGAAAAUGUUCAAACCUCGAAUUUCAAGAUAUAAUUACAGCUCAACAUGCUGCUAGUCGUCGUGCUGUUACUUCUUCAUUUGCUCCACAAUUACCGCCACCAGUUCCAUCUUCACGCAUUGCAUCUGCUAGAAGUCGGCUAGCAGGAGACAAAAGAAUAGCUAAUGAACAUAUCGAUAAAAAUUUGAAGGCUGCACCAAAUCAUCCACGACCUUUACUUUCAAAAGCUUUGCGUUGUUUGGAAGAGAGUAAUGAAAUGGAAGCUCGUAAUUAUUUAUUGGAGGCUAUAAGUGCUCAAAGCAGAAAUAGAUAUUUACUAUGGAUUUUUGGAGGAACAUCGUACAGAGAUGAGUAUGGUGAAAUUUCUGCAGCAUCUUUUAAAUUAGCUGUAAAAGGAGAUCCAUCAGAUGGUACUAAAGGAGCGAUCGGUUGGGCAGCUUUGCAUUCUCUAUACCAUUAUCACAAAAAUAGUUGCACAGCAUUCGUUGCAGCUCGCAAAAUGCGUAAAUCGUGCGAACUACCAAUAGAAUGGAAAAAGUUUUUCAAGCGAUGGGUAGAAACAAGCGGUGAAGAAGAAACUUUCUGGAUUCCUAGCAUUGUAGAUUCAAAUAAUCCAAUGUUAAUAGCUUCUGCUUUUUUUCUCUGCCUAAGAUGUUAUAGUUUUAGUGAAAGACUUCUUACAUGUAUUGAAAAUGGUUGUGUAACACGUGGGUCACGUUUUUCUUUAAAAACAAAAGUUACUGUUGACAUAUUUUAUCUGCGAGCAGCUUCACUUAUUCUACAAGGGAAAUUGGAUAAAGCCUUAGAAUUUACUGAAUUAGGGAUUAAAAAAUUCGGCCCUUCAGCUAUGAUGUCUCAAAUGCACGCGACUUGCUUAACUUGCUUACGUGGUUGGGACGGAGAUUGUGAGAACGCGUUCAACGAAACGGACCGUGCAGGUGCUGAGCCCUCUCCUUGGUUGCUCUUACAAGCGGCUAUUGGCGGUCUAAAGAAUAAUCCGCUGUCAGCGCUACAACGUGCUGCACGCGCUCAUAAAGUUGCUCCAUCGGCUCAUUCCGCACUCAUAAUUAGUCGUGUGUAUGCUACACUAGGCGAAGAAAGUUUAGCUGAACGAUGGGCUGCGGCUGCUGUAAAGUUAGAACCGUUGCUAGCUGAUGCAUGGGCAUUUUUGGCUAUUAUAGCGUUGUAUGAUAGAAAUAUAGACAAAGCAAGGACAAUGCUUCGUACUGCGAAACAAGCUGGUCCAGUUAGUCUAGAUAUAGAAGAGGAGUUAAAAAAAGUUAUGAAAAUUGUUCGUGUUAAUUGGCCACCAGAUUUAAUAGUAAACGAUAUAUGUUUUUGUGAAUAUUACUAACGGUAGUUUACGAGUAAUGGUAGUGAUAAUAUUUAAAAUAAAAGCUGUAGAAAGGAUGUAAUUAUGUUUUCUAUUGUCGAUGUCUAUUACAAUAAACGAAGUAAUAUUAAUCAGUAUGUUAAGUGGUUAAACGUCUUCAAUUACCGGAUAAACUAAUUAAAUGAUCUCACUUCGUAGGUUUAUGCCUUUUUGUAUAUUUCUUUGUUCACUAACAUUCUUUUUUUACUUUUACGCAUAAAUUGAUGUUUGAUAACUUACACGCAAUACAUCAAUACCUAUAUACAAUUACCUUUAUUUUUUAUUAAGUGAAAUUAAAAUUUGUUUAAAC